AUGCAAGAUUACAGGGUGCACGUGUUGAAAGACCAACUUGGCGCAAAUGCGUGGAGGACCGCCCACCAUCCUGUGACGGGAGCUUUGUUGGAUGCAUGCGACAGACAAGGGCUCUUGGUGUGGAACGAGAACCAUCGAAACAAGGUGCAACCAAAGUGUAAGAAGAACAGAUGAGUUGAGAUGAUCAGUGCAGUUGUGAGCAGAAUGUAUUAAUGAACAUCAAAAUGCUCAUACUCAUUCAUUUUGUUUCCACGUUACACCAGCAUCUUCACUUUGUCUCUCAGGGAGAAUGAGUAUUUUGAGCUCUUUGUUUGAGUCACCAAAGAGCCCCCUUAUUCGUGUUUCAACCUAGCACACGAAGUCUGGACUAUCCAAGGGUCAGCGACGGAACUUGAAACUUCUUUCUUCAUACACCCAUACCUGGAAGACCUACAGAAGCUCAUCAGACGGGACCGCAACCAUCCUUCCGUGUUCGUCUGGUCUAUCUGCAACGAACGACUCUGCUGUCCGGGUAAAGGACCCUGCUCAUUCGGUGACGUGGACGUAGCUUUGACGGCAUUAAGAAGGGCAUGAAAGAGUGAUAAGAUUCUUUCCCAUAAAAUAGAACUCGGAAUUAUGCGUAUAGUUUUUCCGGUUUUUUUGUCGUGAUAUGCAUGUAAAUAAGUCCAAUCAACCUAGAAUAAAAAUGAAGUUUUGGAACUUGUUUCGAAACCUGCUUAUUUUGGUGUAAGCAAGAAGGCACAACUUCGUUCUCGGUAGGAUCGUUUACUGUCCGUAUAAUUAUUAGACUCUGGGCCCGGAGUGUAAAGACCCUGUGGAAGCUCUCUUCCUUUUCCUUUCAGAAGGAAGUGUAGCUACGACGUCAUUAAACUCCUUCCUUUCAGUGGCGUCUUUAUCUCUAACUCCAAAACAACUCGUCACCGAAAUCAAACGCCUAGAUCCACAUGGUCAGCGAGUUACCUCCGCAGCCUGUAACGCUGACGACUUGGAAAGCUCGAGAGAUUUUCUUUUAUGAGAGAAGAUGGUUUGGUUUUUGAUUUUGUCGUGUAACUAGAUAAGUACUCGCUCCUACUUUUACUUUUACGUAUUAGUCGUUGGAGGUUAAUACACGAUGAUGAUGUCCGGUUGUGGUAUUGCCCACAAGCGCAAACUACGUAGUGAGUACUAGAAGCGCCAAUUAUGGCCGACUUUGUACUUGUAGAUUCAAGCAUAUCCCGGUAAGCAUAAACAAACUAUGUAUGCACUCUAACUAUAUCUACUAGCGCUAAUUAGCGACAGUCUGGACCUUAUUGGGAUAAACUACCAUCUUUCCAGCUACGACCACGCACGCGCACUCUUUCCAGACAAGCCCAUCAUCGUUUCGGAAGCUAGCAGUGAUUUUAUGGAAGACAAUGAUCCUGUUUGGUUUGAGUACUGAAUUAUAGAGGGGGGAUUAUUGCACUGCAGGCGAGAACACAACCUUAGUCUGACUAAUUGCUGUACUACUAAUACCUUCAGCUUCUACUAGGUAGUGCUCCCCCUCUGUCAACGACCUAUGCCCCACAUCUUUCACAUCAUUUUGACCCCAGUCAGUAGUACUGACUAUUCUCCUUCAUACCCAAUAGUACCCGAGGCGAGUACAUGACACGUGGAUUGUACGUCAGGAGCUACGACACCGAGUACCCUUCGUGGGGGAGCACAGCAGAGCAGUCCUGGUGCAACAUAUGUGCGUCAUCAACAGCUGAGCGCUUUUGAUUGUGUUUAUAGGCCAUGACGCAGUGGAAAUGAAAAAGCUUGGAUGAGCGUUUUUUUGCGUUUUUCUUGAAGUUCAAGUACAUUUCCUAGAAAAGAUACAUUGUGCCGAUUUGGUGUUGCAGACUCGAGAAGAAGGAGUUUCCGGUUGUGGCGAAAGCCUAACGCUUUCAUCAUUUCAAGACAUAUGAUACUUGCGCACCGUUUAUCUUCAUCAACAAGAGGCAGCACAUGUUAAUCUUCUGAUCAUUUCAGAUUCAUCCUUUCGUCGCGUGCCCCCCUACUUCAUAUCCGGUUUCCUCGCGCCCUUUCGUGGCAGGCCAAUUUUUCUGGACCGGUUUCGACUAUAAGGGUGAGCCAACGCCUUAUGCGGAGUGGCCAAGCUUGAACUCGCAUUUUGGUAACGUCGACUUAACUGGUUUCCCGAAGGAUAACGCAUUUUACCAUGCUUCGGUCUUCAGGAAACCCACUCUGCCACCUUCUACUUUUGGGGAACAAGCUGCAUCGUCUAGUACAACUACGGGAAUUUCGUUUCCUUUGCCAGAUGAAGAACUGCAUGAAACAGUUCUACAUCUUGUCGUCCCACCAUGGUGGGAGGAUUCGCAGGCAGGAGGACAAGGGCCAUCAGUAGAUGGACUUCUACAAAUUCCAGAAUGUUUGAUAUUUGGGUGUACUCGAACUGACGCCACGCUGCCAGCACCUGGAGUUAUGCCUGAUGGAUUAGGGUAGAGAAAAGUUAGAGAAAUUCUUUGGCAGGUACUUAUGAGGGAGGGGCGCACACAUUUACGGGGGUAGCAGUCGGAAGGGAAUGGCAGUCGGCAGGCGAGCACAACCGGGCCGGGUCUAAUUUGCUCGCCUGCCGACUGCUAGCCCCGUAACACAUUUGCGGGGAUGGUCUAAUUUGGCACAGGCCUCGCCACGGUCGGAAGGGAAUGCGGGCGCCGGCAACAGGCAGGGGCGGAGGAAUGGCAAAAAGGGCGGGCCCCCCCGUCCACCUUCUUCGUUGGACUUUCUUUCUUUUUUUCUUUAUGCCGGGCCUUCACCAGUUGCUCAUGGUAUGCCCUUCCUUGGCCUGAACCAGCAUCACCCUAAUCACCCGGACGCCAGUCAUCAGCUGCCCGGUUAGGAUGUGACCGGUUUGGGGGCCCAGACUCUUCCAAAAGGGCCCGCGGUACUCUUUUGGAAAAGAGUGCGAAAAGAUGAAAAGCGGGGGUGGGUCGUGGCUUUUCUCUGGCCCUUUCGGCAGCGGCGCCCCACUCUCCCUUCCCGCACGAUACUAGGCGAUUUACGCUGUAUUUCAUCUUUGAAGUGCCAGCCUAACAAAACGGAAGUGUUUCUUGAUCUAUAGCUUUACAUGUUAAGUUGAGUAGAUGGGAAGAGAUGUUUACUAGCCAGCAGUAUGUCCUUUCGAUUGGAAUAAUUAUGAUUUUAUAUACAAGUAGAUUAAAUGACUUUCUUCAUAUAUCAAGAAAGUUUCUUAUGAUUAAAGCAACUACUAGCAGAUGAGAAAAUGGCAUGAUGUACGUCAGGUAUAUGAGAAAAUGGCCUUUUGAGUCCUAGUGUAGUUCGCUGCUGGAGACGUCGUGUCACAUGCUAGUAAUGGUUCCUUCCUCUUCUAACCCAUUGGGCACAGGUCCCGCUCUCUUCCGCAGUAGUUGGGAUCAAGGCUACUGGUUACUCAAAAGUAGAUGGGAACAAGAUAGUUGCGGAGACGACCUCAAAACGGCCAGGAGAAGCUACAAAGCUACGCUUAUCCCUCGAUUGGCCUCUUCAAGAGCACAAGCGCAACUCUACGGCAUAUACAGCCUUAGUACGUGCAGAAGUCUUGGAUUCGAAUGAUGUACUCCUCCGAGGUGCAGAGAGGUUCACUAUCGCUUUCACAUUACUUUUUCGCUCGCUGAAAGAGGGGAGUGCGCGUCUCUCCAGUCUGCGCUCUAUUAUGAGAGGGUGAGGAUCAAGAUGCCACUAGCUCGAUCAAGGCAUUGCCACAUCCACAUGAGUUAGUGGACAUCUAUUGAAUCACGAGAACCUGAAACUCAAUUUUCAGCCUAGUGGCCUACUGUUUUACAGCUACGCAGGUUCCUAAAUACACUGAUGUCAUCAGCACUACUAGACAUCAUAGUAUUUCUAGACCUAGCCCUACCAGGGAUAGUACUAGUAGACCUAAUCCUACUAAGCACAGUACUCCUAGACCACCUGAGUAGUCACCUUAAGUCAGCCCCUUCAUGCUACGAAUUCUUGGCCUUGGUAAUGGGGACCCGAUUUCUCUAGAGACGCAAAAGCCCGUCAAUAACACAUCUGGGCGACGCUCGACAUUUCAUGGCCUUGCGAGAGCGAUUGUAGCGGUAGAAGACGAAGAAGCAAGUGUAGUUUUGCUCGCGAGAGUUGUAUUGGUAGGUUCUGGCACUGGUGCGGGCACUGGGUUGAACAAGUUAGCCAAGGAACAGGGUGAUGACGAUGAUGGAGAUGAUGAUGGUAUCAGGAGCCCAAAUAGAAUUGCGCCGGCUUAUUUGGUACUGAGAGGACAAGAGCAGUACGCGCAGAGACAGGGAAGGAGUUCUUCGUCUGAGAUUCAGACUACAAGUCCCCGCUUUUUCGCUGAGACAGAUGUCUUAGCAUGAUACGCAGAAGGCAGCAUUAUUUUCAUCGUGAUUGAUUGGAUACUGCACAUUCCUCUGGCAAGUUUUCUUGUGGAGGCCAAGUGCCACGGAUGUGCUCAAGUAGGACAUGGUGCG